GCAUCGAAGGUGCCCGUCUGUCGCGCAGUGAAGGAGUCUUCCCUGGCAAGUGCGAAGAAGACAUGAGCUGGCUGUUCAAGACGGACAGCGCCAAGCAGCUGCGAGAGGCCGCCAAGGCCGGCCAGGUUUCCAUUGUGGCCACCUUGCUGCAGGCCGGUGCUGACCCGAAUGCCUCCGAUUGGGCGGGCGACGCCGCACUGCACAUGGCCGCCGAGCGCGGCCAAACGCGCUGCAUUGAGCUGCUUUUGCAAGCUGGCGCCGAUGCCAACGCCGUCAACCUCGACGGCGAGACGCCGCUGCAUUGGGCGGCCCGGCACCCGUUCCCAAGUCUUGUGGCUUCUCUCUUGCAGUACAAGGCCAAUGUGAAUGCCCGCAACGCGGUACAGUGGCUCUCGUCGCUCGGUGUAGCCGUCAAGCGCGGCUACACGGACGUUGUGGUCAUGCUUCUCGAGGCCAAGGCGAGCGUCCACGAAGCCAACCGCGAUGGGCGGACGCCACUGCAUGUCGCCACGUAUCACGGUUACACGAUCCUCGUGCGUCUCCUUCUCGAUGCGGGUGCCGACGUGGACGCGACGACCACCGCAGGCGACACGCCACUGCACCUGGCGGCGCGGUAUGGCCACGACAGCAUCAUCGAAGUGCUGCUGGCAUAUCGCGCCAGCACGUAUAUAUACAACCACACGGGCAAGACGGCGCUCGCACUCGUCAAGGCCAACACGCAAGGCGCCUUGCUCCUCGAAGCGGCGAUGGUUGCAGUGGCCAACGACGAUGCCGACCGCCAGCAACUGCACGCGCAGCUGGUCUGCGCCGCGCGAGACGGUGACAUGCAGGCAACCGCCAAGCUCUUGAAGGCGGGGGUGCGCCCCGACGACGCCGCCAGUCCGACCACAGCGCUGCACUGGGCGGCGGCGAAUGGCCAUGCGCCGAUCGUCGAGAUGCUCUUGGAGGCCGGCGCCGACACGGACCCGGUGCAAGCCAGUGACCUGUGGACGCCGUUGAUGCUGGCGGCUGCCCACGGCCACACGGCGGUCGUAGAGAGCCUACUGCGCCGCUACGCCAGCAUUUUUCUGACGGAUGCGGAGGGCAACACGGCGCUCUUGAUCGCAGCCACGCACGGCGCGACAGAGUGCGUUGAGCGCUUGCUGCAGGCGCAAGCAGACGUGUGCGCCACCAACGAUGCGGGGGACACCGCGCUUCAUGUGGCCGCUCGCUGUGGCCACAGCGACGUGGUCCGCGUUCUGCUCUCCGCGCACGCUCCGCUGCAUGCCAUCAACCACGCACGAGCUCGAGCCAAGGAGACGGCGCUGGUCCUGGCGCCUCGGAACAGCGACGCCCAAGCGAUCUUGGCACCGCUGGUUCUGGCGCACGUUGGCCACCUCAUCGAGGCGGUCAAGACGGGCGAUGCGGCGACCGUGCGAUCGUAUCUGCUGGCCGGUCUGCCCGUGGAUCUGCGUACCAAGGCCGGCCGAACGCUUUUGCUGCUGGCGAUUGAGAAGGGCCAGACGGCCAUCGUCGACGUCUUGGUGGCCGCAAAAGCACCGGUCAACCAACUCGGCACGGAUGGGACGUCGCCACUGAGCUUGGCCGCUGGUCUUGGCGAUCAUCGCGUCGUUGAGACCUUGCUGGUGGCGGGUGCGGACCCCAAUACAACGCACCGCGAGGGCGGCGCGCUGCUUCUCGUGGCGGCGGUCGACGGACACGACGCGCUUGUGCAACUGCUUGCGACGCACGGUGCCAACGUCCAUACGACCGACAGCCACGGCCACACGGCCCUGUACGAGGCCGUGCGCCACCGCCAUACGUCUGUCGCUCGCAUUCUCUUGUCCCAUGGCGCAGACCCGUGCGCUGCUACGAGUGAGGACUUGGACUCGCCGCUCGUGCUGGCGAUGCGGACGGGCCAGAGCGAGAUGGCGGAUGAGCUGUAUCAGAGCGCGUACCAGCCGCCGAUCGAGAUGGAUGCGUCGGACAUUGUUGUGACCGAGCGCUUGCGGGCCGGCGGACAAGGGAUCGUCGACCGCGGUCGCUACAAGGAGAAGCUGGAUGUUGCCAUCAAAUCCAUGCUCUCAGCGUCCUCGGUCUCGUCGCUUCACGAUGAAAUCACCGUCUUGAGCAAGUGUACCUCGCCCUUCAUCUUGCCGUUGCUUGGCUACGUCACGGACGGCGUCGCCCCGUCCAUGAUGGUGCUGCCGUAUAUGGACGGCGGCAACCUCCGCGAGUACCUUGAUGGCGUCCGCGAAGAGCGACGGCCCGAGAUCUACUCGGCCGUUGAAAUUGCGUACGCGAUCGCGUCGGCGCUCACGCAUUUGCACGCAAAGUCGCUCCUGCACCGGGACUUGAAGUCGGACAAUAUUCUUUUGAGCCGGCAGCGGUUCGUGCAGGUCGCCGAUCUCGGGUCGGCCCGCGACCACGCGACGGACACGACGAUGACGCAAGCCGUCGGCACGCUGCUGUGGAUCGCGCCCGAAGUGUUCAACGGCGGGCGCUACGCGUACUCGGCCGACGUAUUUUCGUUUGGCGUCAUUCUAACCGAGCUCGACACGCGUCAAAAGCCGUACUUUGACGCACCGCUGCACGGCUUUCAGCUCACAGAUGCCAUUCGCAGUGGCGACAUUGUGCCGACGCUGAGCGCUUCGUGUCCGAGUUGGUACCGAUCCCUCGCCCAAGCGUGUCUGCAUCUCGACCCGAGCGCCCGGCCGUCCGCGACCGAGAUCCAGAAGACGCUCGCGCAGCAUUUGCCGCACGCCGAUGCUCGUGCCGAGACGGCCGUGCGUGCUGCGUAGUGUCCAUGUAGCUUGAACUGUGUACACAAUGGCACCUGUGCUCCGACAGUCUCUCGGGCUACUAGUACCGU